CGCUGUCGUCGUAAAAUGUGCUUUUAGUUUGUAAAUCAGCCACCGGUGGCAGCCGUAGACCGUCAGUCAGAUUGAAAUUUCUCAAAAACAUUUCGCAAGAUCAAUUGAAUUAUGCUUAAUGCGCCGUUGAUAUGAAGCCGUCUAAGCUCGAGGCUCGCAGUGGUAACUUCAACAGCACCAAGUUGUUCUAACCAACAUCAAACACAACAAAGGCAGAUGAUCUUUUGCCUACUCCUCCAACAUGAGGAAUUUUUUUGAUCAUCUCUGGGCCGCGACCAACCCUGAAGCACUCAAGUGGUCUUGGGACUAUUAUGUUAAUUUUUUCCUCGAAAACAAGGCUGUUUUUCUAACACUGCUACUAGUUACAUUCCUCAUCUCUGCUGUCACUUUGCUGAUUAGGAAAUGGAAAAACAAAGAUUUGAUCCCUGCCGAAGUGAAAGAAGUUCUUGGUGUUGGCGGUCGACCAAGGUUCAGGAAAAGAGACAAAGUUCUUUUUUACGGCAGGAAAAUGCUCAGAAAGGUCACGAGCAUUUCGAGACAAGUUCAUACGCAGGGAAAAAGAAAGAAAUUGAUCAAAUUUGCUGGUCGAUGGCUGCAAUUCAAACGAGACACGGCUCCGACCCAACUCAAAGUCCUUGAACCACCCUCUGAAUACUUAGAGGAAGCUGUUACAAGUGGCCAGGAUGAGCAGAGAGUACCGCUGGAUGCACUCUACAUUUUACAAAGCAUUAGAGUUUUUGGCCACUUUGAAAAACCAGUGUUUCUGACUCUAUGCAAGCAUGUAGACGUUGUUAAUCUACAUGCUGGGUCGUAUCUGUUCAAAAUUGGUGAUCCUGAUGAAAAUGUGUAUGUGGUUCAAAAUGGCCUGAUAAAUGUAUACAUCACUGGUGGCGAUGGCUCGACCCUUACCCUGAAGUAUGUGAAGAAGGGAGAAAGCGUCACUUCAUUGUUGAGUUUUGUUGAUGUUCUCACUGGGCACCCCAGCCCUUACAAGACUGUUUCUGCUAGAGCUGUGGAAGAUUCGACUGUCCUACGUCUGCCCGUUUCUGCCUUUCAGGAGGUUUUUCAGGAAUAUCCUGAAACUUUCAUAAGAGUAAUUCAAGUCAUUAUGGUCCGUCUGCAAAGAGUUACAUUCACCGCUCUUCACCAGCACUUGGGAUUGAGUGCUGAACUCGUCAAUCCUGGGAUGCACCACCAAAAAAGAAAGACAAGUCCGUUUGUUACGUCUCCUGUGAAGAACAGACAGAGAGACUCGAUAGUAAUGAGAGACGAUCAAGAUGAAUCAGAAGCUGCCUCAAGCUAUUAUAAUAAUAAUGAUGCCUACCCCUCUAGUCAGCCACUUCCUAUAUUGAGGCAGCGUCUCUCCAAAACUUCCAUAACUUCAAUUUCUUCCCACACCCCCGACAUGGUGCCUGACCUGGAUCCUUCGAUAUCACCACAGCCCCCAGAUCUUCAGCAAGGUAUGCCACGCAGACGCACUGUCCCUGAAUUAUGUGAUGAAGAUACAUUGAUCCAAAUUGCCACUGCUGCUUUUGUCAGAGAGCUUGGUCUCGAAGAUAGCAAAGUGCUUGAUGGAGGUAAAGUUGAACUUCGAGACGUCUCGGCCGGAACUCACCUGAUGAAGGAAGAUUCUCACAAAGAUGUUGCUCUAAUUUACGUGAUUUCUGGAACUUUGACUGUGUCGCAAAAAAGCGCAGUCAACCCUCAAAUUGAUGAUGAGGUGCACAUGUUCACUGCUCACCAGGGUGAAGUUGUUGGCGGAUUGGCUGUGUUAACUGGUGAACCUAGUUUCUUUACAAUCAAAGCAAAGCACUUCACUAGAAUCGCUCUUCUCUCGAAGAGCACAUUCUACAGUAUCAUGAGAGAACGCCCUAAGGUUGUUCUCCACGUGGCUCACACCGUUGUCCGCAGGCUUUCGCCUUUUGUCAGACAGGUUGAUUUUGCCUUGGACUGGGUCUUUCCUGAAAGUGGUCGUGCACUUUACAGGCAAGGAAAUGAGUCAGAUUGCACAUAUAUUGUUUUAAGUGGUCGUCUGCGUUCUGUUAUUACCCACGCUAACGGCAAGAAGGAGCUUGUCGGAGAAUACGGCAAAGGAGACUUAGUUGGCAUCGUUGAAAUGGUGACCAAAACUAAAAGAAGCACAACAGUUAUGGCGGUUCGAGACACAGAACUUGCAAAAUUGCCGGAGGGUCUUUUCAACGCCAUCAAGCUCAGAUAUCCUAUUGUUGUGACGCGCCUUAUAAAUCUCCUUGGUCACAGAAUUUUGGGUUCCUGGCAGAAACCUACAAUUGGUCGAGCAAUUGAUACAAGACCGACACAAGUAAAUCUUUCAACUGUGGCAAUCGUCGGAAUUUCAGAUGACGUGCCACUCUCGUCAUUCACCUAUGAAUUGUUUCACGCGCUCUCUGCCAUCAGCAACGUCUUUGACUUCCCAAAGGAUCCUUUCAAUACUCACUCAGGCCAGUGCUUGCGUCUGACUUCGGAGGUCAUUCGAAAGUCACUUGGCAUGUCCAUUCUUGACCCGAAUAACGAGUACCGCCUUACUUCAUGGCUGGCCCAGCAAGAGGAUCAGCAUCGCAUUGUUUUGUACCAGUGUGACAACACUAUGACAGCGUGGAGUCAGAGGUGCGUGAGGCAAGCAGAUUGCGUUGUGAUUGUAGGUCUCUUUGAGCGUGGCCCAGCUGUUGGAAAGAUGGAAAAAGAGGUUGAGAGACUUGGCAUGCGGACACAGAAGGAAUUGGUUCUGCUCCACAAAGAAGGUAGCUCAAAACCUAAGAACACUGUUGAGUGGCUCAACAACCGCACUUGGGUGUCACAGCAUCACCACCUGAUUUGCCCCAAGAGAAUGUUUUCCAAGAGAUCACAAAGUCAAAUUGCUGAGUUGUACAGUCGGAUCAUGGUAACGCCGCCAGAUAUCCACUCGGACUUUUCUCGCCUGGCUCGUUGGCUCACUGGAACAUCAGUUGGUCUUGUCCUUGGAGGAGGAGGUGCUCGGGGAGCCGCUCAUGUUGGAAUGAUCAAAGCAAUUCAGGAGUCCGGAAUUCCUAUCGAUAUGGUCGGUGGUGUGAGUAUUGGUGCCUUCAUGGGUGGACUAUGGUGUCUUGAGCGAGACAUGGUCACUAUGACUCAAAAAGCAAGGGAAUGGUCAAAGAAAAUGACCAGUUGGUUCAAGCAACUGCUAGAUUUGACUUACCCAGCCACCUCUAUGUUCACUGGCGGUGGCUUCAAUGAAACUAUUAAGGGAACAUUUGGAGAAACUCUCAUCGAGGACCUCUGGAUUCCUUACUUCACCGUAACAACUGACACUUCCGCGAGUGCGCCUCGAAUUCACACACAUGGAUCUUUGUGGCGUUAUAUUCGGGCCUCAAUGUCACUCUCUGGCUACAUGCCACCAUUGUGUGACCCCAGUGAUGGACACUUACUGCUUGACGGAGGCUACGUCAACAACCUGCCAGCCGACGUAAUGAGGAGCCAAGGUGCAAAGCAUAUUUUGGCCAUUGAUGUUGGCUCUCAAGACGACAAGGACCUAACUAACUAUGGUGACACCUUGUCUGGCUGGUGGCUUUUGUGGAAAAGGUGGAAUCCAUUCACAUCGCCUGUCAAAGUACCUAAUUUGCCAGACAUCCAGUCAAGAUUGGCUUAUGUUUCUUGCGUCCGUCAACUUGAGGAGGUGAAAACUAGCGAUUACUGCGAGUACAUUAGACCUCCCAUAGAUAGGUACAAGACAUUGCAAUUCGGCAGCUUUGAUGAGAUCAAGGAUGUUGGCUACCUUUGUGGGAAGACUUACUUCGCUGGAUUACUGAAGACCGGAAGCAAUUUACCCUUCACAGGCAACAGAGCCGAAGAGGUUGCAUCUUGCUCUUUGAGCGCUGUCCUCAGUAGUCGAAAUUACAACAAGAAAAUCAUGCCAGAGGCCAGUCCCCAUUACACAUUUACUGAUCUGGCACAAAUGGUGUGCAAAGAGCCCAAAUAUGAGGACGAAGAGUCGUCAAGUGAUGAUUAUUACGAGGAUGAUGAUGACACAGAUCAAGAAGCCCAGGUCGGAGGUUAUGUGUCUGAGCCAACUGUAGGAACCUCCAUGAAGCAGUCACGUGGCAAAGGCUAUUCCCUCUCUGACAAUGAACUUGAUGGAGAGGAGUCUGAGACCGAGUAUAGAAGAAUGGAUUGAAGGACCACUACUUGCACAACUCAAUAAUUAUUUAAUCUCAUCUAAACUCAGAUAACUGGAACUGUCAAGACUGUGAAGAGAUGUCAGUUUUAUAAUGUAAACCAAGUUUUUUUCUCCUCGUGGGCUGAAGUUAUUUUUAAUAGGAUGUUUAGCUACUUUCCAAACUAGAGACUACUCUUCUAUUUUGAUGAUACCUAUUAAAGACAUUUUUUGAUUAUAUUGUUCCCUUUGAGCACUAACCACUUAAAACCCUUCAAAGUUUGCCUUGAUAUGUUGUUUGUUUUUUAAGAAAAAAUUUAAAAUCAAAUUUUGUGCCAUGAAUUUGGAUUGUUUUUCGAAGGUUGUGUUCAAGCCAGGUUUCCUGAAAUAAAACGUUUAAUGCCAAAGAUUGUA